CUGCGUUUGCAGCCCGUUUACUGGAGCAGGGAUGAUGUGGCACAGUGGCUCAGGUGGGCAGAGAAGGAGUUUUCCUUGAGGCCAAUUGAGAGCAACACUUUUGAGAUGAACGGCAAGGCUCUGCUGCUCCUGACCAAAGAGGACUUUCGAUACAGGUCUCCUCAUUCAGGUGAUGUUUUGUAUGAACUCCUUCAGCAUAUCCUGAAGCAAAGAAAAGCUCGUAUGCUCUUCACCCCUUUCUUCCACCCUGGGAACUCUAUCCAUGCUCAGCCAGAGGUCAUAUUACACCAGAAUCAUGAUGAAGAUAGCUUUGUCCAGAGACCUUCAAGACCAUCCACAGAAACAGUCCACCACAAUCCCCCAACCAUUGAACUGUUGCAUCGUUCUAGAUCACCUGUCACCAACAACCACCGUCCAUCACCAGAUCCCGAUCAGCGGCCACUGAAGUCCCCUAUGGACAACACUAUUCGUCGCCUCUCCCCAGCUGACAGGGUGCCGGGGACAAGGCAUCAGCAAGAGAACAACCACCAGGAGCCCUAUCCUCUCUCAGUGUCCCCCAUAGAAAACAACCACUGCCCGCCUCCUUCUGAGGUGCUCCAGAAGCCCUCCAGCCCUCGCCAAGAGAACACCAGGGUCAUCCAGCUGAUGCCCAGCCCUAUCAUGCAUCCUUUGAUAUUGAACCCCAGGCACUCCGAUUUCAAACCAAGGUUGUCUGAGGAUGGGCUGCACAGGGAGGUAAAGCCAAUCAACCUGUCCCACCGAGAAGAGUUAGCUUAUAUGAACCACAUCAUGGUGUCUGUAUCCCCUCCUGAGGACCAUGCGAUGCCAAUUGGAAGAAUAGCAGACUGUAGGUUGCUUUGGGAUUAUGUUUAUCAGCUGCUUUCUGACAGCCGGUACGAAAAUUUCAUCCGAUGGGAAGAUAAGGAAUCCAAAAUAUUUCGGAUAGUGGAUCCCAACGGGCUGGCCCGGCUGUGGGGAAACCACAAGAACAGAACAAAUAUGACUUAUGAGAAAAUGUCCAGAGCCCUACGCCACUACUACAAACUAAAUAUUAUCCGGAAGGAGCCAGGACAAAGGCUUUUGUUCAGGUUCAUGAAGACCCCAGAUGAGAUUAUGAGUGGCCGAACAGACCGCCUCGAGCACCUUGAAUCCCAGGAACUGGAUGAACAAAUAUACCAAGAAGAUGAGUGCUGAAGGGAACUGGUGCACCGCCUCCGUGGGUCCACAGGAGAAACAUCUGCCCAGAUGGCUGGCACGGUUUGGGAGGGGAAGGAACAACACAGAAGCAGUACUUGGGGUCGCUUCUUAGCUUGAAGACCAUGCAGGACCUGAAGCACCUUAACAAAACAAACUAACAGGCAGAAGUGGUGCUGGCAGAAAAGUAAAGGGGAGGAAGCCCGGACUUAGGCACUACUUCACUGUUCCUGCAAAGUCUCCCUUGAGUUCUUUCUUUCUUUUUGUUUUGUUUCAGUUCUUGGGGGUUUUUUGUUGUUUUUUUUUUCCCUAAUAAACAUGCAGUUUGACUUUCCUUAUCUCACAUAGG